AUGGCCGCGAACGUUGAUCCGACAGCUGCUGGGGCCGGAGCUGGUGUGACAUUGCCAUCGUCCAUGUCUUUCGAUAGCACGCUUGGCUCAUUGCUCGUUGGUGGUCUGGCUGCUGUGGCUCUAUGGGGAGUCACCAAUGUGCAAACUUUCAAUUAUUUCUCGAGAGGAUCCAACGACCGACCAUCAUUCAAGUUACUGAUCCUGACCCUAUGGGUGCUUGACACGUUUGAUUCGGUGCUGGACGGCCAUAUACUUUACUUCUACCUUGUCAGCAACUACGCCUCGCCAAUGGCUGUCAUGACUCCCGUGUGGAGUGUUAUUAUACAUGUUGCCAUCACGUCCGUCUGCGAUUUUAUUAUUCGAAGCAUGUUCGCUCGCCGUGCCUUCCGGUUGAGCGGGAACUGGCCACUUACAAUUUUCAUCGUCGCAGUUUCUUUGACCGAUCUAAUCUGCGGACUUGUGAUCACCGUGAAGGCCUUCAAAAUUUCGUCGUUCAUCCAGUUGGAUACUCUCUCAACACUGUUCUACAUCAACUUUGCUGCAGGGACUAUAUCCGAUGGUAGCGUCGCGAUCGCGCUUUGCUACUACCUAUACAAAUCUCGGACCGGAUUCACUAGGACUGACUCUCUCAUCCGCGUGCUGAUGUUGUACAUUGUGAACACUGGCUUGAUCGUUUUCCUCGAUGCUACCCUCGGGAUGAUUACAUAUAUUGCGAUGCCAGACAACUUCGUCUUCCUCGGAUUUUACCUGUUACUCAGCAAAUUGUAUCUGAAUUCAUACUUGGCAUCCCUGAACGCCCGCGAAGGCCUGAGAGACAAGGUUGACGAGACCCCAGUGUCAAUUCACUUGUCGAGGAUCACGAACCAAUCGAAUCGCUACGACGUUGAACGGUCGAUAGUAGCCAGUGAGAAGCGAUUAUCCAACGAUCGUGUCGCUAUCUCCGUAGAGACGAUGGUUGACCGAAAAGUCGACGGCGACUCCUCGUCCUAUUAA